ACAGUUCAAACUACGGAGUAGUACAAUAAUCUAUGAAAGAGCGAGUGUAAACAUUAAUAACAAUGUUCUAACCUAAAAACUGCCAAUUUCAUGUUUCCACACUAUUUUUCAAAAAGCCUGAUUAUUUACGGGAACGGAGUUUUUAUCAUCAACUUAAAUAAAUCUAAAAUAUUGCAGCAUGGAUAAUAGUAGCAAAAUCAUCCCACCUCAUCUGAAUGCUGAAAUAUAUAGAAAGGAAACUACAGGAACAUGUACCCAAUCAUAUUUGGAUUUUGUUCGGACUCACAAAGAUGGCUCUAUAUUAGUGGGAUGUUCAGAACUAACCGGGCGAUACUGGAAUGGAGGAGCCUUAGUUUAUCAAAGUAAUGAUGAAAAUAAAAGUCCUAAAAACAGUUCGAAGAAACAUAUUAGUUUAACUAGCAGCACUGCAGAUGGUUGUUUCACCGAAAGUUCAAAUAAGGUUAUAUUAUGUGAUGAUACUGGUGCCAUUAGUAUUUGGUCAAGAAAUGAUGAUGCUUGGAAAGUGUGGAAUGAAGAAGCAUCUGUAGCAGAACAUGAUUCUGCAAUACUAGCCAUAGAGAGUCUUGACCCAGAGAAAACAUACAUUACUGCAGGUGGAGAUGGACAUGUAAAGGUUUGGGAUGUUAGUGAAAAUAUGUUAUGUAUAAGGAAUUACAGUCUUGCCCAUAGCAUGCCAAUACAUGGUGUAUCAGUUAAGCCAAUGUCACAGUCCCAUUUUGUAACGGGUUCGCUUGACUGCUUUAUUUCAUUGUGGGAUGAACACACUGACAAACCUGUUUAUGAUGUAAUUGAAAAUGAUUGUGGAAUCCGUUGCUUACAAUGGAUUGAAGAAAACAAAAUUGUAUUUGGCGAUGAAUCAGGAAUGUUAGCUUUAAUUGAUGUACGGAAUUCUGACAAUGUGAUAAAACUAUGCAAGUUUCCUGCAUCAAUACACCGUAUUUCAUUUAACCCCGAAAGUAAUAACAUUGCUGUAUGCUGUGAUAACAGAAAAGUUACAGUGUUCAAUAUAAAAGGCGAUAAAUCAAAGGUCUUACAUGAGAACACUGAACAUUCUAAUUUUGUUAGAGGAGUAGCCUGGGAUCAGUGUGACCCAAAUAUUCUUCACACUGUAGGUUGGGACGGUGAAUUGAAACAAUGCAAUGUUAAUAAAUAAUUUAGACUAUUGUUUGUAAUAAAAUAUUCCCACC